AUGUUAAAAAAUACUCCCUCAAAGGUAACUCUAAAUUAUCAAGAAACUUAAGAAGAGACAGAUCCUGAGGGUUAUACUCUGAUUUAUGAAUAAGAAAUAGUAUGUUAAAUCAUAGUAGAUGAAGGAGAUUAAUAAUAAACAUAAGAAACUCUAAAUGUGAGAGUAUUUAUUUUAGGAAGUGAGCAGAUACUUGAGAGAAUGAAAAUUGAAUUAAGUUGUGAAAAUGAUCUAUUUUUUCAUUUCAUUCAUGACAUAAAUGAAGCAGCAUUUUUAAAAAUUAAAGAUGGAUAGCAAUUGACAGCAUCAUUUAUUGAUUAUCCUGCAAUUUGUAUUAAGUGUCUAGAUAAGGCUCACAAAGACCCCAAUAAAUACAGUGCAGUGCUAAGAAUUACUUAAGAAGGCGAUGCUGUUAUUGAAAUAAUUUAACAUACAGAAUACAAAAAUGUUGAAUUAAUUCAAUUCUAAUUUUUCUCUUUGCCUGAAGAUGCUAUUCGUAUGGCAAUAACAAAAAAAUAUUAAAAAGUCAAACAAAGGCUAUCUUAGAUGGAAAAUAAACUUAAGGAUAUUAAUGAUGUUGUUAAGGUAAAAAAUCCUCAACUGCUUUUACAAAUGCAAAGAAUGAACAGAUGA